UUUGUGAUAAUCAAACAAGGCAAUGGCAGCAGAAACCAUGGAAGAAGGACUACUGAGUAUUUGCAAUGCCGAUGAGGAAGAGGAAACAUCCUCCUCUGCAGUCACUAGUGUUAUUGUUCAGAGUACUUUAGUCGCCCUCUGUGGUUCUCUCUCCACCGGCUGUGCUACAGGGUAUUCAUCAGCUGCUGAAUCUGGAAUUGUGGAAGACUUGGACCUUAAUCUUGCCGCAUACUCGGUUUUUGGUUCUAUAAUGACAAUUGGAGGUGUUAUUGGUUCAUUGAUGAAUGGCAGAGUAACUGAUCUCAUCGGUCGUAGAGGUGCAAUGUGGUUAUCUGCAAUAGUCAGUACUGCAGGGUGGCUCACUAUAGCAUUUGCACAGAAUGCUUUGUGGCUAGAUAUUGGAAGACUGUCAGUGGGAUUUAGCAUCGGGAUAAUUUACUACGUGGUACCAGUGUACAUAGCAGAAAUAACACCUAAGGAUCUGAGAGGAAGAUUCACUUCAUCUAAUCAGUUAAUGAUAAGCUGUGGUUUUUCUUUAUUCUAUUUGAUUGGAAAUGCUAUAAGCUGGCGCACCAUGGCAGCAAUUGGCUCUAUUCCAGGUGUACUACAGAUUGUAGCCCUAUUUUUCAUUCCAGAGUCUCCAAGAUGGCUGGCUAAAAUUGGUAGACAAAGGGACCUUGAAGCUGUUCUGCAGCGCCUUAGAGGAAAAAAUGCUGAUAUAUCUCAAGAGGCAGCUGAGAUCAUGUAUAUUACAGAAAUAUUUCAGCAGGAAUCAGAGACAUUGAUGGACUUGUUCCAGAAGAGAUAUGCUUACUCGCUCAUUAUUGGAGUUGGGUUACUGUUACUGCAGCAAUUUGGGGGUGCAAAUGCGGUAGCUUAUUACGGAAGCUCUAUAUUUGAAGAUGCCAGUUUUUCAAGUAGCAUUGGGACUAUAACACUAGCUAUUAUCGGGAUACCUGCUAUUGCAGUGAGUGUGCUCCUAACAGACAAGUUGGGAAGACGACCACUUCUACUGGUUUCUGCUACUGGAAUGUGCUUGAGUUUGUUUCUUGUGGGCUUGGCUUUCUGCUUUCAGGACCUACACCAGUUGGAAGAGCUCACUCCCAUUCUUGUGUUCAUCGGCAUGUUGGGUUAUGGUUCAUCAUACUUGAUUGGCAUGGCAGGUUUGCCCUGGGUUAUGAUGUCAGAGAUAUUCCCAGUAAACAUUAAAGGCUCAGCAGGAAGCCUGAUAAGUUUGGUGUACUGGUCUUGUUCUUGGAUAGUAACAUACACCUUCAAUUUUAUGAUGGAAUGGAGCUCAGAAGGAACAUUUUUCUUCUUUUCAGCAAUCAACGGUUUAGCCAUUCUGUUUGUUGCAAAGCUUGUGCCGGAAACUAAGGGGCGAAAGCUAGAAGAAAUACAAGUAUCAAUCUCCCAUCGCAUGGAAGGACCAAGCGUGGAAGGACUACUUACUACGUCCAAUGCCGAUGAAGAGUCCUCCUCGGUCACUAGAGUUGUUCUUCUCAGCACUUUGGUUGCCCUCUGUGCUUCACUCUCUACUGGCUGUGCUAUAGGUUAUUCAUCAGCUGCAGAAAUUGGAAUUCUGGAAGACUUGGACCUUACAGUUGAAGCAUACACGGUGUUUGGUUCAAUAAUGACACUUGGAGGAGUGAUUGGUUCAUUGGUAAAUGGGAAGAUAACAGAUCUCAUGGGUCGCAGAGGUACGAUGUGGUUCUCUGCAAUAUUCAGUACCGCAGGGUGGUUUAGUAUAGCCUUUGCAAAGAAUGCUUGGUGGCUGGACAUUGGGAGACUGUCACUGGGAUUCAGUGUGGGGAUCAUUUACUAUGUGGUGCUAAGUCUUGCUUGUUGCUUUCAGAAAGUACCUGUGUACAUAGCAGAAAUAACACCUAAGGAUCUUAGAGGAAGGUUCACUUCAGCUAACCAGCUGAUGAUUAGCUGUGGCUUUUCACUGUUCUAUUUGAUUGGUAAUGCCAUGCAUUGGCGCACCAUGGCUAUACUUGGUGCUGCUCCAUCCCUACUGCAAAUUGUAGGUUUAUUCUUCAUACCAGAGUCUCCAAGGUGGUUGGCCACAGUUGGUAGACAAACAGACCUUGAAGUUGUGCUGCAGUGUCUUAGAGGAGAGAAUGCUUCUGUUUCUCAAGAAGCAGCUGAUAUCAUGGAGUAUACAAAAAUGUUUCAGAAAAACUCGGGAAGAAUAGUAGACUUGUUCCAGCGCAGAUAUGCUCGCUCGCUCAUUGUUGGAGUUGGGCUAAUGUUACUACAGCAAUUUUCUGGGGUAAAUGCAGUAGCUUAUUAUGCAAGCACUAUAUUUGUGGAUGCUGAUUUUUCAAGUAGCACUGGGACAAUAACAUUGGCUAUUAUUGGGGUUCCUGCUAUUGCAUUGAGUGUUCUCUUAAUAGACAAAUGCGGAAGGCGACCACUUUUGAAUGUUUCUGCUGCCGGAAUGUGCUUGAGUUCAUUUCUUGUUGGCUUGGCUUUCUACUUCCAGGAUCACAACUUGUGCCAGAACCUCACUCCCAUUUUUGUGUUUAUCGGCAUUUUGGGUUAUGGCGCAUCAUACUCAAUUGGUAUAGCGGGAUUGCCCUGGGUUAUUAUGUCAGAGAUAUUCCCAAUAAACGUUAAAGGUUCAGCUGGAAGCCUGUUGAGUUUGGUAAACUGGUCUUGUGCUUGGAUAGUAACAUACACCUUCAAUUUCAUGAUGGAAUGGAGCUCAGCAAGUACAUUUUUUUUCUUCUCAGCCAUUAGCGGUUUAACAGUUCUGUUCAUAGCAACGCUAGUGCCGGAAACUAAAGGGCGAACGUUAGAAGAAAUUCAAGCAUCAAUUGCCCAUUUCCUCUAA